AAUGAAAUCGACCAAGACCAAUUGGAAAAUGAGGUGGAGGAUGAAAUAGAAGAAGAAUUUGAGGAAGAAAACGAAAAUGAAAUGUUAGAUAAAUUAGGAAAGGAAAGAGAAAGGGAGGCCGAAGUCGAGCAAGAGGACGAAGAGGAAAAAGAACACGAAGAAGAGCAAGAGCAAGAAGAGGAGAAGGAAAAAGAGGACGAGAAAGAAACAGAAACCGAAAAAGAGAAAGAAAAGGAGCAAGAGAGUGAAAAAGAGGAGGAAGAAGAAACCGAAGAUGAAGAAGAGGGGGAAGGCGAGGAAGAGGAGGAGAUUUAA